AUGGCUAAUCUCUCAUUAUUCUUGCUGUCAGCUUUAGCUUUUUCACUUUCAGUUGUUUUUGCAGCUGAUCCAAGUACUCUCCAAGAUUUUUGCGUCACCAACCCAAUAGGCCAAGGUAUAAUUCACAGUAAUUCAGUGUGCAAGGAUGCUAAACUUGUUGAAGCAAAUGACUUCUUCUUUAGUGGACUUCACAUAACAGGCAAUACUACUAAUCCUGCUGGGUCUAAAGUAACUCCAGUGUUUGCAUCUCAGCUACCAGGAUUGAACACACUGGGAAUUUCCCUGGCUCGUAUCGAUAUUGCACCAUGGGGAGUUAACCCUCCUCACUUACAUCCUCGUGCUACUGAAAUAUUGACUGUUCUUGAAGGUACAUUAGAAGUUGGAUUCGUAACUUCGAACCCGGAAAAUCGCCAUUUUACAAAAGUUCUACAAAAGGGAGAUGUGUUUGUGUUUCCCAUAGGACUGAUUCACUAUCAAAGAAAUAUUGGAUAUGGUAAUGUUGUUGCCAUUUCUGCUCUUAGUAGUCAAAAUCCAGGAGCUAUAACUAUUGGCAAUGCAGUGUUUGGGGCUACACCUGAGAUAUCUAGUGAAGUGCUAGUUAAGGCUUUUCAAUUGGACAAGACUGUCAUCAACUACUUGCAGUCAAAAUUUUAG